UCAUCUGUGACCUCCGUUUCCAAGAAGCAGAGGGACUAGGGUGUCGGUAGCGUUUUUUAAUCCAAACAAAAAUUUACACCAGUGUGAAUUGAAAUGAGCCCUCUUUUGCAGAACUAGAAGAAAAAAGUGCCUGGGCUUAGGGUGCUGGCAAUGAAAGGGGUGGAGGGAAGGAUGGCGGUUCCCUUUUCUGAACUCAAUUUAGGGCCUGUUUCGACCCCUAGAUUUAAUUGCCAGAGAAUGGCCUCCCUCAGCCGCCCAAUAGCUGUGGCACCCGGCGGGGAGGAGGGAAAAGGAAGGCAAGCGUCAGCGCCAUCAACACUCGGAUCCUCCCAACAGCUGAUUCCUGAGCACUGCGCACGCGCAGACCCAGCGGCCAGGCGCAGAAUGUUUGGCGUUUCCAUGGAGUAUCGAGGGACCCGCGGCCCCAGCCAGGCAGCCCGGGCGGACUCAGCGGCACGGAGGAGGCGCGGGUUAAAUCGGCUGCGAGGAUGUCCCACCCGGUGCACGGCCUGCCCUUUCUCCCAGGCUCGUCCUUUACGGACUCCACGAAAACAGCCUUCCAUAGAAGCCAGACGCUGGGCUACAGGAAUGGCUAUGCAGUUACUCGACGUCCAACAGUUGGGAUAGGUGGACAGCGGCUCCCGGUCAACCAGCUGUCCCAGGACGCGCUUGAUGAGCUGGCCAAUAUGAAACCAGCACUAACUUAUGGACAACCUAAGCAGGCCCCUCCUGCUGCUUUUCUUCCUGCACAUGUGGCUUUUGAUAAAAAGGUACUGAAAUUUGAUGCCUACUUCCAAGAAGAUGUCCCCAUGUCGACUGAGGAACACUAUAGGAUCCGGCAAGUGCACAUUUACUACUACCUGGAGGAUGACAGCAUGUCCAUCAUAGAGCCUGUUGUGGAAAAUUCCGGGAUCCUUCAAGGCAAGUUGAUCAAAAGGCAGCGGCUAAGCAAGAAUGACCGAGGAGACCAUUACCACUGGAAAGACCUCAAUCGGGGAAUAAACCUCACCGUUUAUGGCAAAACUUUCCGCAUUGUGGACUGUGACCUAUUCACACAGGAGUUUCUGGAAAGUCAAGGAAUUGAAUUAAACCCCCCCGAGAAAAUGGCUCUCGAUCCUUACACGGAACUCCGGAAACAGCCUCUUCGUAAGUAUGUGACCCCAUCGGACUUUGAUCAACUCAAGCAGUUUCUCUCCUUUGACAAACAAGUUCUCCGAUUCUACGCCAUCUGGGAUGAUACGGACAACAUGUUUGGUGAAUGUCGGUCCUAUAUCAUUCACUACUAUCUUAUGGAUGAUACAGUGGAAAUUCGGGAGAUCCAUGAACGGAACAAUGGGCGAGAUCCUUUCCCACUCCUGGUAAACCGCCAGCACCUGCCCAAGGUUUUGGUGGAAAAUGCAAAGAAUUUCCCGCAGUGCGUGCUAGAAAUCUCUGAUCAGGAGGUGCUGGAAUGGUACACUGCCAAGGACUUCAUUGUCGGGAAAACGAUCACUAUCCUUGGGAGAACGUUCUUCAUUUAUGAUUGUGACCCGUUUACACGACAGUAUUACAAGGAAAAGUUCGGCAUCGCGGACUUACCACACAUUGACGUGAGCAAGAAGGAACCGCCACCUGUGAAACAGGAGUUACCUCCCUAUAACGGCUUUGGACUCAUUGAGGAUUCUGCUCAGAAUUGCUUCGCUUUGAUUCCAAAAGCUCCCCAAAAAGAUGUCAUUAAAAUGCUGCUGAAUGAAAACAAGGUGCUCCGCUACUUGGCUGCAAUGGAAUCGCCUAUCCCAGAAGACAAAGGCCGUCGAUUCAUCUUCUCUUACUUUCUAGCCACCGAUAUGAUCAGUAUCUUUGAGCCUCCCGUUCGAAAUUCUGGUAUCAUUGGGGGCAAAUACCUUGGCAGGACUAGGAUUUUUAAGCCAAACUCCUUACUGGAUAACCCUGUCUACUACGGACCUGGUGACUUCUUCAUUGGUGCUGUCAUUGAUGUGUUUGGCCAUCGGUUCGUCAUCCUUGAUGUAGAUGAGUAUGUUUUGAAAUACAUGGAGAGCAAUGCUGCCCAAUAUUCACCGGAAGCACUCGCAUCAGUUCAGAACCACGUUCGACAGCAAGAGGCCCCUGCACCAGAAUUAGCAAACAAGCAAACAGAGGAUCCAGGCACGCAAGAGCUAGAAACGUUAAUCGAGGAGAUCCAGAAACAACUGAAAGACUAUGCGUGCAAAGACAACAUCCGCGAGGCAUUUCAAGACCAUGACAAGGAAGCUUCAGGAUAUGUGGACAGAGAGACGUUCUUUAAGAUCUGUGAAUCUUUCAGUGUCCCACUUGAUGACUCCUUGGUUAAAGAGUUAAUCAGGAUCUGCUCUCACGACGAAGGCAGGAUCAACUACUAUAACUUUGUCCGUGCUUUCUCAAACUGACCGGGGGAUGGCCGGAGGCAACGGCGCAAACUGGACCUCCACUUUGAACUCAACCUUGUACUCUUCGUAGAGGCACCGGCAGCACCUGACGUUACAUGUCCCCAUUUGGUUCUUGUAUUUCACUGAAAGCUAAAUUAAAUGGAUCUUACGGGA